UUUGACGUUUGUUUUAUUUACAGGUAGUUGGUAACAAAAAGUCAUGAAACUUUUUCAGUGUAAGUCAUUGUUGUGACUUUCUUCUUCCUUCUUUUUCUUUGUUGAUUCGCCCUUAACACAGUUUGUUCAGCCCUCGGGGAUUUAACAUGUAAUAUUGAGCUACACAAAUAAAACUGGCUUGACUUAACAAAUAGUUUUGAAAUGAGGAAAUGCUGCAGACUUGAGUGAUCUUGAUCUAAAUUUGUUACAGAUGUUUGCAAAAUUAUUUUAUAAUGGAAUAGUUACCAUGAUGUCCUCUGAUUUGAAAGUGGCAAAAAGUAACAUUUCAUUUGACUGGAAAAUCUAAUGUAACUGUGCCUGAAUAUGGAAAAGUGUUGCUAACAUGUUUUGACUUUGUCAUAUUUCAAUUGCAGUUAAACGCCCAGCACCUCCUCUGUUAGAGGUAGACGAGAGGAGCAUACCGUGGGGUGAAAGAGAGCGAGACCUGCAGCUUGUCAGAGAUUACAAGCCUCACAAAGAUGUCCAGCAUCUCAGAAUUAUGCUUUAUGGACCACCAGGUGCUGGAAAGUCCAGCUUCAUCAACUCUGUGGACAGUGCUUUAAGAGGCAAAAUAGCAACUCGAGCUUUGGCAGACGCAACCUCUGGUGACAGUUUCACUAAAGCAUACAGGACAUAUAAAAUUUACAGAGAAAAUCCAAGAACCUUUUAUCCUUUUGCAUUCAAUGACACCAUGGGGCUUGAGAAAAGCACUGAGAGAGGAAUUCUUGUGGAAGACAUCAAACUUGCCAUGAGUGGACAUGUAAAAGAAGAUUACAGGUUCAACCCCAAACAUCACUUGUCUGUAACGGAUCCUGACUACAACAGUUCUCCUACUUUAGAUGACAAAGUCCACAUUCUGGUUUUAGUCAUUCCAGCUGACACAGUGAGCAUAAUCAGUGAUGACACUCGGAGGAAGAUGAAAGAAGUCAGAGUAGCAGCUCGUGACAAAGGGAUCCCACAAAUAGCUGUUAUCACUAAAAUUGAUGAAGCCUGUCCUGAAGUCAAAAAAGACAUAAAGAACGCCUACAGGAGCAAGCACUUGAAUAAGCUGAUGGACACAGUGAACGUGGACCUGGGUAUUCCACUGAACUGCAUCUUCCUCGUGAAGAACUACCACAAAGAAACUGACACGAAUGACAACAUGGAUUCACUGAUACUGUGUGCACUGAAAAAGAUCAUUGACUAUGGAGAGGACUACCUGAAUGACCAGAAUGAUCCAGAUGAUGUGUGAGGGGGAUAGAAAAGGGUGAUUUUGCUUCACCAGCAUUACAAUCACAGCCGCACAAACAGUUAAUUUCACCAGAAACUUUAUAGAACUUAUCUUUGUCUUGUUCUUAUUUUAUUAAACUUUUUGUUCUUUUGCAAAUUAAAUCCAAAUAAACUUCAAAGGAAACUAAUACAUGUACUUUUUGUUAUUUACUGUAUGAAAAAUGACAGCUAUAUACCUGUAACCUGUUGCCUCCUGUGUAACUCAAAUAACUGAUUUCAAGUCUCGAUGUAAGACUGUCCUCUCUGAGUAAGUGAUUUCUUGUUUCCAGAACUGUAAUUAAAU